AUGGUAUUUGAAGCAGAAAUCGGAGUCAAUAAGCAUAAGCUUAUGUGGUCAAAAUCCAUAGCGUCCCUUUCAAAUAUAGCAGAAGCAAUAACGUUCACCAUAACCAAAGAUUCCAUAUCCUUGUCUGCAACCAACACAAGUAAAACCUCCUACGCUCGAAUACAUUUCAAGAAAACCUUUUUCAAUAAAUUUUCGGUUGAUUUUAAUAACAUAUUACCAGAAGGAUAUGAUAAUGGGAAAGAACGGAAAGAAGACCCCAGUUAUUCUUUUCUUAUCAAUUCACGACACAUGGCAACAUUGUUCAAAAGUCUAGAUUCAGGUGGCAUGAAAUAUGUAAGUUUUAGGAUAAACUGGUCCCGCAAUGCUCCAAUAAAUCUGAGGUAUAAAUUGUUGAUUGAAAUCCAUACAAAGAAAUUGAUUGUUAAAAAGUUCCAAGCUAGUUAUACUCCAGCAACGAAACAGAACCUUCAAAUUGCUUCUACUUAUAAGGACACCCUAUCUAAACAACAAGAAGAUAAUUUACACGAUAAAACCCGAAUCAACCACAUAAUGAUGGACCAAGUGAUACCCAAACAGUUUCUUGAAAUGGUUCCAGCAUCUGCCGAGGAUUUUAAAAUAGAUAUCAAGAGUGAAAGAAUACUGCUUUGUGGGUACACCAAACAAAUAAUCAAAGAUAGAGAUUAUUUGAAACAACCAAUGGCAGUUACAGUAACUAUUAGUCUAGAAGAAUUAACUGACACCAAUUUACUACUGUUGAAUUCAGAUCAAGAACCAAUUAGAAAACAAAUUAAUUUUGGCAUGCGUGAUUUCAAGAAUUUUUUGAAUUUAGCAAAUUUUUUCACAACUCCAUCGUCAUUUUCUGAACGAUUCGAUGAAGAUUAUAUAACAACAGCAAAUAAUGAUUAUUUCCACAUAUUUUUCAGAAACCCUGGAGAUCCUAUAUUAUUUGAUUUGCAAAAUCACCAACAUGCAGAAGUUCAAUUUAUUCAGAUUACUUCCGAAGAUAAAUCAGAGUUACAUUCGAAGGAAAUUGACGCAAAUUUAAUUAGAAAGAACUUGACAAUAGAAGCACCAAUACCUCAAAAAAUUCAAAACAACAAUACAACUACAACAACAACACCAUCAUUGACUCGACCGAUGAUUAAUACUGUAUUUGGUAAACCUUCAAAAACAAGGAAAAGAGAAAAAGAUAGGUUCAGCAACAAAGUUCAAUUAUCUCAAGGAACUAUGAAUGAUGACUUCGAUGAUGGAGUUACAUAUGGACUAGAACCAGAAAGAGAAAGAGGAAAUUAUGCCGAAACCGAUUAUAGUAAUAGUUCUGGUGAAGAAUCCAAAGAACCACCUUUUAAAAAACAUGCACCAGACCAAGAACUUGGUCCUACACAAUUGAACAAUAAACCCAAAUCGAUAUUUUAA